ACCCUAGUACAUCUGUGAUGGAGAGGGAGGUCGAACCGCCUGAUCUGACGCGGGUUCCAUGUGAGUACCACGACCUAGAGUCCGUGUUUAGUAAAUCUCGGGCCCUAUCCCUCCCAGCGUGCCAUCCCUAUGACUGUGCGAUCGACCUUCUGUCGGGAGCUCCAUUACCAUCCAGCCAGUUGUAUAAGAUCUCUGGACCAGAGAGGGUGGUAAUAGAGAAUUAUAUAACCGAGUCAUUAGCCACUGGGAUUAUCCGACUGUCCUCAUCUCUGUUGGGAGCUGGGUUUUUUUUCGUUGGUAAGAAGGAUGGGUCUCUCGGUCCGUGUAUCAAUUAUAGAGGCCUAAACGCCAUUACAGUAAAAAACAAGUAUGCGUUACCCCUUCUUUCAUCUGCCUUUGAACCGGUCCAUGGGGCCACGAUCUUUACUAAGCUUGAUCUUAGAAAUGCGUAUCACUUGGUCCGGAUCCGCCAGGGAGAUGAGUGGAAGACGCCUUUCAAGACUCCACUUGGACACAAAACCUGGUAUUAUAAAAAGGCCAGGGAGAUGAGUUUUUGUCCUGGACAGCAAGUGCUGUUGUUGCUCCCUACUUGUGACAAUAAGCUUCUCGUGAAAUGGCAGGGCCCGUAUGAGGUCACACGAUGUGUAGGGAAGCUUAAUUAUGAACUGUAUAUGCCUGAGAGGAAGAAAAAAUAUCAAACUUUUCAUAUUAAUCUUCUGAAACAAUAUCACAGGUCACCACAACAGUUUACUAUGUCAUCUGGGUCACAGUUAUCUCAACAGGAUCCACUGCAGAGUGAGGAGCGUGCAGAGACUGUUUUGUCCCAACUCAUUGUGGUGGAUGAUGAAGAGGAAGAUGAGCUAUUCUUUCCAGGCUGUGGCUCGGUACCACUCUUAAUUUCUUUCUCUCAUCUCCAGCCGUCUCAGCAGCAGGACAUAAAGCUCCUUUUGGAUCCAGAGUUGUUUCAGGAAAAACCCGGGUUUACAAGCUUGAUACAACACUGGGUUCACCUUAGAGAUGACGCCGCACCUCGUAGGAAGUUCUACAGGGUACCAGGAGGUGGGGAUCAUUGAGCCCGCGUUGAAAGAUCAGCUGUGGAAACUGCUCUCCAGGGUACGAUGGAUGACAGUAAUGAAGAAGAUCUGAUGGAUCUGUUCACUAGAAUGGGAUCUCAUUCCCUACCUCCAAAGAGCAACUUUAAGGCAGCUAUUGAAACAAUGGCAAUCUUACAGGAGCCCAAAUACAUUUUUGACUCUUUUUCCAUACCCAUGGCACAGGUAUAGCAACAUUUGUCAGACAAAACUAGUGUGCUGUUUCUGUAUGAUUCUAAACAGCCAACAGGCAAAUGAGUGGCAGAACUUUUAGUAACCACAAAUGCUGUCCCAACGAGAGCAGACAACAUUCAAUCAUCUGCAGCGUUUGGUCAUAAAUGUGUAGCUACUCUAGAAGUGCCCUACACCUACAGCUCAUACACUGAAUUUUGCAGUGAGUUCCACCACAUCCUGUCACGUGACUGUCAGGUUUCAGGCUGUGCGUUCUUGUUUUGCUGUUCUUUUCUCCAAGCAGGUUCAUUUGGAGGGUUGACUGUGCAGCUGCACUCUCUCAUACCUGGUGAGCAAUCAGGCUGAUGUGGAAGCUUAAAGGAGUAAGCAGCAGAUCACUCAAUGGCUGAGUGUCAACCUUAGUGGUACCUCUAGUCCUCUGUGCUUUGUUGUUUCCUGAUUUUUUAAGGUGCCUCGGUUACCUGAAUGCUAUCCUAGGCCGUCUUCCUCCACGGCCAAGCUCAGGUUGAAACCUCCCUGGAUUCCAUGUCUCCGGAUCUGAGUCACACUCCAGACUUCCGAGCCCAAGCCGAAAACCCUGUCCGCCCUCCAAUGAACCAAACGUCCGCCAACAAGCAAAACAAGCUGUCUCCUGGACCUGACACCUUCCCAGACCUAAACUCCACUCUCACCAUAAGCAGCCAUUCACUCUUUCAAUUCCUUUCUGCCUCUGGCCAACUAUCUCACCGCUACUUCUCUUCCCUAGAAGGCGAGGCUGACCCGGUCCCUGAGAGUUCCUGCCAUAACCGAAUACCAUUUGCUGCUCAAAAAUAAAAACCCUGUGUUAUAUUACUGUUUUAUUUUUGUUCUUUUGCAUACAACCUUGGUGUG